AAGGAAUCUGAAAAGUUUCCUUUAUCAAUUACACUUGGGUUUAGGACAAGAGUCGAUCCUUUUCUCUUGAGCUUGACGAUGGAGCUAUGAUGUCGGAAUUCCCAGCUUCGAUGCCAGCUGUCUUAGCUGAAGCUUCACUUCUCACAGGUUCUGAUGACCAUGCUGCUUCCAUUUCACCCAGGAUCUGUCACCUUUUCCUCUACUUCUCCAAACUUAUUAUUCACUAUUAUAUCCUUGUCCUUCAAGGUGUGUUCUUUUUUAUUCCAUAUCAUCUUCGUCUUUCUUCCAUGAUUCCACUUUCUUUUAAAUGGUUUUCUCUUUUGCUGUUGAAAAUCAGCUUCUCCUAUGUCCUUGUCAUUAUUUUUGUUUUUUGUAUUAUUCUCUUUUCCGUUGCCCCUUUCUUCUUGUUUGUGUGCCAUUUUUCUUCUAUUUCAGCUACUUCCUCCUUUUCAUCCUUUGGAUAUAAUUCUAGAUGAAUGACAUAAUAUUCCUUCUCAUUGUGACCCUGUAACUUACAUUCCUUGCAAUACUUUGGAACAUAGUUAUAUUUGAUAGGAAUUCAUUUUUCUACCACUUCUAUCUUUUUAUGCAUACUAAUAUUAAUCCUCUUAGAAAUUACCCCAGUAAAUCAAUUUCCACUUUAACUUUGGCACAACUUGGUCUUGUUCUAUUUUGAGUCGCUAAAUCAACCAGUAAAGGCUUUCCCACAGCAGCCGCCAAUGAAAAAAUAGCUUCUUUUGCAAAAAAAAAUUAGGAGACAAUGAUGGGAAUGAUAUCUAUGCUAGUACAGUAGUUGUUUCCUCUUCAGGGUUAAACAUUGAAUCCCACUUUAAUGUUCUCAUAGGGUAGGACCAGAAAUUCUUGGUGAUAUAAAAUUAUGGCUUUGAUAAGAGAUGUACAUUAUCUUCAAUUUUCGUAACUCUUAUUAAUAUAUGUCGCUUACUCAA